AUGACAGGGACAGAUCUAAAACUUACCCCGCCGCCUUCGCCGCCGUCUCCGUCGACUUCCUACUACGACGUGAGCGACGACGAAGAGAACGGGUAUAAUACCAUUGCUCAAUCUAGCUCUGGAAAGGGUGUGAAACUGCUGUUCUCCAAAAGCAAGGUCUAUAUCCACCCUACUCCAUCGUCGAAGGAUAACAUCCCCGGAUUCAUUGCCUUGGUUCAACAGAAGCCCGCAGCUGAUACGAUAUUACAUAACACAUCCGGAGCACCUGCAAAACAUGUUGAUUCUUCUUCCUACCUUCUUGCCUGGGUGCCCGAGGCAGCCAUGGGAGACGCUUACGACACCUACGUCAAAGUCGAUCUCUCAGAAAACAACUCACCCCCUCGACAAACAUAUCUCGUACCGGCCCUUCCUACGAUGACUACAUAUAGAGAUGCAAUCGGCAUGUAUGCGUUUGCAGUUCCCCUUUCGGAGAUAUAUUCUUUGUGGGUGCGACCGCCAAGUAUUGGAUGGUGGUACGGAAGUGUUGUUAUAUGCACAAAGUCAGGCGAUAACUUUCCAGUUCUUUUCUUUCAUGACAACGAGUGUGAAUCGACAAUAUUACAGAAGAGAAGAAGGACCCGGGAGAGUUUCAACCCUUUCGCAGAUGAUGGAAGCAUGUUCUGGGGAGGGGAUGAAGUUUUGAGGUGGAUAAAACGCUAUGCAACCGUCGAACGAGCCGGAGCUGAUCCAAGUAAAUAUCUCAUUAACCCAACGGAAGAAGACAAGGCUUCGUUUGGUCGACCUCUCAGUUCAAAAUCACAGAAUCCUCCAGCCGAGCCCUCCCAGCAACCUACCCGUGACGCUGCGAUGGACCCUCUCACAAAGGCUUUGAAGGAGACCCGAUGGAAGGUCUUAGAAGGCCUUAGCCGUAUUACAACCUUCACACGCCGUACCGCAAAUGAAAUCGCGGAAAAUCCAAUUAUCCCACCUCAAGUACGCCGGUUGAUGAAGAAUCCUGAAGUGCAGACCUUGCAGGAUGAAUUUGACAGUGCCAGGAUAUACCUUGCCCGGUGGGCAAUGAGCAUUGCUGAACAGAGUGAGCAGGAAAGAAGCCAACGUAUCUGGACCGCCCAGGAUGUACUAGAAAGAGAGAACAGUUCUGUGGGAGACUUCGAAAUACUGGAGCUUGAGACAGGUACCAUGUCUAUACAAGAACGUCGCAAAGUAGUGACUAUCGAGGAGUGGAACAGUUGGUUCAACAGUCAGGGUGGUCAUCUACAAAUCACAGUUGACGAGGUCAAGGAGCGAAUCUUUCAUGGCGGUCUUGAGCCCAAUGACGGCGUCCGCAAAGAAGCCUGGCUCUUUUUGCUGGGGGUCUAUCCUUGGGAUAGUAGCGAAGAUGAGCGGCGAGCCAUUAUGAAUUCCCGUAGAGAUCAAUAUGUGAGGUUGAAAAGCGUUUGGUGGGAGAGAAUGGUGGAUGGAGACCCUUCCAGCAAAGACUUCGAAUGGUGGAAGGAACAGAAAGCCCGUAUAGAAAAGGAUGUUCACCGCACAGAUCGGACAAUUCCGCUCUUUGCUGGAGAAGACACACCUCACCCUGAUCCUGACUCACCGUUUGCCGAUGUAGGCACAAAUGUUCAUCUUGAGCAAAUGAAAGAUAUGCUCCUGACAUAUCACGAAUUCAAUCCCAGCCUAGGAUAUGUUCAGGGAAUGAGCGAUCUACUUGCCCCAAUUUACGCUGUUAUACAAGAUGAUGCGGUAGCCUUCUGGGGAUUCGUCGGGUUUAUGGAAAGAAUGGAACCAAACUUUCUUCGCGAUCAAUCUGGCAUGCGUGCUCAAUUGCUGACACUAGAUCAUCUAGUACAACUCAUGGAUCCACAACUUUACAUUCAUCUUCAGUCGGCCGACAGUACGAACUUCUUUUUCUUCUUCCGAAUGCUUUUGGUCUGGUACAAACGUGAAUUUACCUGGGGUGAUAUACUCCGAUUAUGGGAAACUUUGUGGACAAAUUAUUUGUCUAGUGGUUUUCAUUUAUUCAUUGCGCUAGCUAUUCUGGAGAAGCACCGAGAUGUCAUCAUGGAGCAUUUGAAGCACUUUGACGAAGUUCUCAAGUAUAUUAAUGAGCUCUCGAACACUAUGGAGUUACUUCCUAUUCUCACGCGCGCCGAGUCACUGUUUCGCCGUUUCGAACGGACUGUGCAGGCAGUUGAUAAGAAGAACAAUUUUCCAGCACCCAAUAUCUACCAAAGAAUUGAACUACCAAACAAGGGCAAAUCCCCCCAACGUGCUGUCAGCACUGGUAGCAGCGUGAGCAAUCAGCAAUCUCAAAGCACGAGGCAACAGAAGGAGAAGGUGAUAUCCCCAGAGCUUCGUCAGCUCCUUGGCCGCACAACUACAAAGUCCGCAUCCACCGAGGUCCAAGAGGAAGGGCAAAGCAGAACCUCGAACCCAUAA